UUUAUUCUGGCGUAGAUCAGGUGACGUUAAACUAUGAUGCGGCUGAUCACGAUGCUUUUUUUCAGCUGCAGCCUUACUUCAACCUCGACUCGAAGAAAUCGACCAACGUGAUCCACUACCAACCCUCCCAACUGUCGGCGAAAAGAAUAUAUAGCACUCUCCGGCGUCUGCAGAUAUUGGCGAGACUUUGAUUCGGUCCACCGCAAACAGUGGAUUGGCUUAGCUCCCCAUCGACAAACUAGACGACUAGAUGAUCUGCCAAUAACUUUCUUCCUCGACCUAUAUACCAUACCAUGGCACAAGUGCCACCGCCUCCCACACCUUCAGGCUCCGAAGUCUCCAAAGUCGAAAGCGAUGUUUCCCAAACAAUCAGCCUUGCGGAUUCGAUCGUGACAUUGCUGAGGGAACCCGUUUCUUUACUUUAUCAGAACAUCAAGGAGAGGGAAGUGCUGGAACGAAACUUGGGGCACUGGCAAACAGAGGCUUUGGAUGAUUACAAGCAGUGUCGGAUACCAGUCCUACGGCUGACAGAAUUCGAGACGCAUCUCGUGAAAACCGAUGGGCACCUCCUUGCGAAAACGGCGACCGAUUCUCGUUUGAGUUCUGACACCAACAGCCCAGGCAGUCACAAGACAUUAAGGAAUAGUAUGUUGUCUUGGGGGCCUCUCCCUCCUUUACCUUUCUUUUGGCAAAAAAAUGCAAGCCCUCAACCUGACAAAUCGCCACCUGCAAAAGCAUGCUGGGCAUCCCUCCUCCGUGCUUUAGGAAUUGGUCCUGGGAUGAACAUUGUUGGUUGGAGGCCGUCCAAUGAUGGCUUCAUAAGCACUCAGAACGGAGGCAUCGAAAUGGAGGUUGAUGGAGCGGUUUUGUGCCACAUCAUGAACCUAUAUUCUCCAUCGCUUAACCCCGAAACGUACUGGGGCGGCUCAGCAGGACGAGUCCCAAGCUACGCAUCUAAGGAAUCGUGUAUCCUUCCGUUUGGGAGAUUAGCCUGGACUAAGACUGGAGGCGAGAUCCACGCUCACUUUGAGCCCGGCCCCGAAAAAGAACUCGAUGCGGAGAAAGCACCAUUCGAUCAAUUUGACUAUUCUCAAUAUCGUCUUGACCCUAACACAUGGAUUACAACCUACUUGACUGCUCUCGAACAUGGGACAUCCGAUUCCGAUCUCCACCUAGCCGAGAUCGAGGCUCCAAUAACAGAACGUAUCGAAAGAUUGAGUUAUUGCAUGAAUAAGUUAGCCUUCGCUUCUCUCACACCGAGAUUGGUUUCGUCGGCUUGGUUUGAGGAGGCGGCUCGGGUUAAGCGCCGUGUUCUGGCACAAGGGGGAGAGGAUCAUUCUUUUUUCGCAGACAUCUGCGAGACCCUUGACAAGGAUCCCUUUUCACAUAUACCCGAGGAAUCACGAGGAGAUUUCAGAGAAAAAUCAAAAUUCCAGGUUCGGGAACUUUUCUUGCUCGACAAGGAAAGCUUCACUUUCUGGUUUCCGGGGCGUCGGAAAGCAAGCUUUAAUAUCAACACAAUACACGAGCUAGCGAGGGGAGUCUUAGACAAAUAUGAACACCAGCCUCCUGGCAGCUGGAAGCGCGAGCUGUACGACAUGCGGGAGGAUGUGAUCGCAGUUCUUCGAAUCAACAACCGGGUCUUCGUCAAGCAUUUCUGGUUUUUGGAGUUCACGAGAGAGUCCCCGCUGUGGAAUGAGCGAGUGCUGCUUGGGGCGCCAUCUCUACGUUAAGACAACAUUUCGUCUGCUACAAGGCAGUAUUGGAUCAUAUGUAUCGAGUCGUUGGAUCGUCACCAGCAAACACCGACGUUCAACUUGCACGGCCCGACUUCCAAUUGCCAAUUUAGCUGGCCGCCGUUGGCCGCGCUUUUUCAGCAAUAUCAUUCGCUCUUUGAGUUUACUAACGGGAGUGAUCAAUACUUCGUUGCGGUGUCUCCGAUG